AGACAAUAAAGUUUUGGGUGCAAAUAUCCUGCCACUACCUGAUAUAUAGUACUCCGAUCUGAUAAUUGUGGUUUGUGAACCCUACAGACAGUACCCGCCUCAACCAACUUCAUUUCCAAAAACCUAUCUCUGUCUCUCUCUUUCCCUCUCAUGUCAGUCAUGGAUCUGCAGAGUAAUCAGAAAAUCACAACCCCCAGAAAUAGUCCUAACAAAAUCCUCAUGGAGCUGAAUUGCUCAAACCCAUUUUGUUUCUUCUGUGUCAUGAAAGAGACAAACCCAUCUUUAAGAAAAUCAGGAAUAUCCAAAUGCUUCAGAGAAAUACCACUUAAACAUGAUCAGGAGCAUGUUCUUGUUCUUAGUACUCUCUGGAAUAUUGCAAUGACACAUCCCAAUGAUCCUGAAUUUCCUUCUUCAGGUGUCUUUGAAUGCAUGGCUAGUUUACUUCGUAAAGGUCUUCAUAAUAGAGAUUGGCUUCUCAGAGAUCAAAAUAUAUACAUACCGUAUUAUGCUGCACAUAUUAUCGGUUCUUACACGAUGAAUAAGAUCGAAUUUGCAGAAAAAGCUGUAAAAUCAGGUGUUAUUUCCCCAUUAAUGGAGUUAAUGAGAGGAAAAAUGAGUUGGGUUGAACAAAGGGUUGCAGUUCGUGCAUUAGGCCAUCUUGCUAGUUACAAAACUACUUUCGAUUCCGUUGCUGAACACGAAAAGGAGAUUAUCGAAUUAGCUAUGGAAAUUGCUUCAACUUGUCUUGAUGUGGUGUACUUUAAGUUUGCUGCAGUGAAGGAUAAGAAGAAAAGGUUAAGGUAUCAUUGUGAUUUACUUACCAGAGGUGUUGGAGGGUCAGAAAUGGAGAAUGUCAAAGCUGAAGAAUGGGCUAGUCAACUUCAAUGUUGGUCCAUUUAUCUUAUAAAUUGCUUUGCUUGUAAAGAAAGAUCUUUAAAUCUUAUUUGCAAACCAGGGUUUUUAAAAGAUUUGAGCAUGAUGUGGGGAGGUUUAGUAAAUCAUACAUCACCUUGUGGCAUUGGAUUAAUAAGAAUUUUGUGUUAUAGUAAAAAAGGAAGAAAAAGUAUUUCAGAAUCAAAGCAUGUUCUACAAAGUCUCUGCAAUCUUGCAAGAUCUUCAGACGAUUGGCAAUAUAUGGGUAUUGAUUGUCUUCUUUUACUUCUUAAAGACCAAGAUACUCGAUUUAAAGUCAUGGAGAUAUCAGUAUUAGUUCUUGCGGAUCUUGUGGAAAUGAAAACCUUAGGAGGAAUACGCAAAAGAGUUGGUGAAUCCAUUGCGGAAACUCUCUUACUCGACUUCAAUGAAACCAAGAACGUCAGCUGCAGCAAUGUUGUCGAAAACGCGUUAAGUGAAGUAUGGCAUUGGAGAGUAGAGAGAAGACAAAGAGAGAUGGAAUUCAGUGAAGAUGAGAUAGAAGAAAGAAGGGUUGUAGUGGGUGCAAUGAAACAACAAGGAAACGAGAGUUUCCGGUCGGGAAAUAUCGAAGAAGCUAUAAUGAAAUUUACAGAAGGUAUAAACUUAUGUCCAUUGAAAAUGAGAAAAGAAAGGAUGAUUCUUUAUAGCAAUAGAUCUCAAUGUUAUUUACUAUUAAGAGAGCCAGAUUUAGCUAUUAGUGAUUCAACCAGGGCAUUAAGUUUGUCGUACCCGACGAAUUCGCAUAAUAAGAGUUUAUGGAGAAGAUCACAAGCUUAUGACAUGAAAGGAUUAGCUAAAGAAAGCUUAAUGGAUUGUAUCAUGUUUGUCAAUGGCUUGAUUAGUUCCGACCAUAAGGAGAAUAAUACUAAGGUUCCUUACUAUGCUUCACGUAUGAUCAAUAGACAAAUGAGUGUUACGUGGUUAUUUGCUGCUUCGGAGCGUAAGUUAAUUCAAGGGGUCGAAAAAUAUGAAUUGGAUGGUUAUGAAGAUGAUUCUGAUUACGACGACGGCAACAAUGAUGAUGAUGAUGAUAUCAUGAGGAUGACGAAAGUUUCUAUGCCCGGUCUUUCACCCAUCGAAGAAGACGAUGAAGGAGAGCUGUUGAUGACGAGGAGGAAGAAGAAGACCUCGCCAUGGAGACGGUAAAAUGUAAAUGCGAUGAGCAAUGAAACAAUUAUACUCAUCAAUUAAGCGAAUCGACGGCCCAAAUCCCAAAUCAAGAUCUUUUCUUUUUUUGGUGUCAACACCCAACAAAUUCAGUCCAUAUGGGAUCAGCAUGGCCAUUGACAAUCCAGCUUGCCUUCUCGAGCGACAAAAACACAUGCUUGUACGGGCAGUGGAUUAAAUAAUUUGGGGCGCACCUAUGUUUACAUAUCCUUCCAGAAAUUCCAAAAUUGUGUCAGAAAAUUAACACAUGAGAACGUACAAUCUUUUGUGAUAUACCGAAUUUGUAAGAAGAAUACGAAAUCAAUGAAUGUCCGAUUGUAAGGGGUAGGGUUAACAUGAUGAUGAUCAUGGGGCCGGAUAUUUGGGGUACGAAAAAUUAUAUGAAUUCAUGCAUGAAUCAGUUAGGUGCAUUAUUGAGGGCCACUCCAUUAUAUUACACCCAUAUCUCUUGCAUUGUUUAUCUUGGAUCACCUUAAUUAAGUUGAUUGUAUUUACACAA